AUGUCAUCUGUAUCUACUUUGCCAUAUAUAGGAAGUAAAAUUUCUUUAAUUUCUAAUUCCGAAAUUAGAUAUGAAGGAAUUCUCUAUACAAUAAACACUCAUGAAUCCACAGUGGCAUUACAAAAUGUUAGAUCAUUUGGGACAGAAGGAAGAAGGCAACCAGAUAUCCCUCCUUCAAAUGAAAUUUAUGAUUUUAUAAUUUUUAGAGGAAAGGAUAUAAAAGAUGUAACAGUUAGCGAACCUGCAAAAAAUAUACCAGAUGAUCCAGCAAUAGUAUCAAUGAAUAUUGCUCCAUCAUCUAAAAAUAAUCUAACUGAUAAUAUAAAUUAUAAUAGCAAUGUAAAUAUAAAUAAGUCAUUAAAAGUUUCAAGUAAUAUUAUACCAUCUAAUGAUAGAAAUUUAAAUUUAAAUAAUAGAAGGUUUUUUAAUCGUCAGCAUUAUAAUUUUUAUUAUAAUAAUAAUAGAAACUUUAAUAAUUUUAAAUUUAAGAAUUUCAGAAAUUAUGAAAGAACCCCAUACGUUAUUGGAGAAUUAGAGUCACAACCAAAUCCAGCAUUAAAAAGUAAAUUUAGCCCAGAUUUUGAUUUUAGCACUAAUAACUUAAAGUUUGAUAAAAACAAUAUAUUAGAUGAAAAAAAUAAAGAUUCCUUAUCACUAAAUAAUAACCUCCAAGUGGGGGGUUACGACAAAAACGCAAGUUUCUUUGAUAACAUUAGUUGUGAGACAUUAGACAAAAAGCAAGGAAAAGAUGAAAAAGUUGAUAGAGAAAAAUUAAGGAUGCUUGAUGUGGAUACUUUUGGAAUAGCUGCAGCUCAUUAUAGGUCAAAUAUGCAUAAUAGAAAUAAGAAUAGAAAUAAGAUAAGAAAUAACAGAAACAAUAAAAUGCUGAAUAAUUUCAAUUAUAAUUAUUAUAAUAGAAAUCAAAAUCCUUUUAAUAGAUAUGCUGCAUAUUAA